AUGUCUCUGGUAGUCCGUAGGCCCCAGAGCAAUGAAGGACCUAAUCUGGUGAGCGUCAAGGAAGCACAGAACCGCUCAGAACUCUUCAGAGCUGAGAUCACAAGGCUGAUCAGAGAGAGUGAGAAAGCCUGCAAACGCCUGCAAGAGGAUGAAAACCAACGGCUCGAUCAGCGUGUACGAGACAUCAAGUUUCUGAAGACAGAGCUGCAGCUGAAGCUGGAGGAGAUGAUGCUGGAGAUAGAUGAACUUGUGGCUUUGCAAAGCCGAGUGGUGAAAGCAGCGGGGUCCUGCAGUGAACCUCUGAGAGUCACGCUUUUCUGUCUGGAUGAAAGGAAGAAGCGCUUCCCUCCAGACCUGCUGACCGACGCGGUAGAUGGAGAGCUGCUGAAGGAGAAGGAGCUCAUCGAGGGGGUGACUUCUCUCCUGCAGCACAUUACUGAGCAGAUCACUGAGCAGAUCAGAUUAAACCGAUCGAUGAAGCAUCGACUUGAGCAGGACCUGGCGGAGAAAUCUCAAGCUCAUGGCAUCGACGACUCCUGCACAUUAAUGACUAAACUGUCGCUUCAUGAUGCGCUGAAAGCCUCCAGCUCAAAGUCCCUGUCGUCAGGCCUGACACCGAAGCAGUGGGAGGAGAUCUCAGAGCAGAACAUGGCCAAGGCGGAGCAGCAGAAGACCAACUCUCAGUCUCUGAGGGUCCUGGUGCAGUCUCUGCUGGGGCAGGCGGCUUCUGAUCUGCAGCAUCAGGUGGAAACAACAGGUGCUGCCUUUCAACAGAAUGUCCAGGAGAUCAAGAACAGCAAGGGCAAGAUGGAGGAGCAGCUCACCAAGAUCCGGUUUGAGUUCUCCAGCCAGCAGAAGAUGAGAGACGACAUCCAAGUGGCUAUUGCUGAGAACAACCAGUUCCUUAAAGUGGCCCAGAAGCGCUUGGCGGAGCGUCAUCAGAGGCCCGGCAAGGAGCGCUGUCGGGACCGAGCUCAGCUGCAGCUGCACAGAGAGGUCCAGCAGCUCACCGCUCACGUGGACAAACUGAAGGAAGCAGUGGUCCAGUCAGAAGAAGAGCAGCGGGCACUGACUCGCUGCCAGCUGGACUUGGAGCAAAACAUCAAGAUAAAGAGCAACUCACUGUAUAUUGAUGAGGUCACCUGUCUCCAGCAGAGGGAGUCUGUGGUCAUACACGACUUCUGA